AUGGCCGCCGACGGUUCUGACUAUCCACUUCCUGCUUCCGAUGCUAGCAUGCAGUGUCUGAGAGCCUUUCUCAAACGAUUCAACAUGUUCGGACUUUUCCAGGCCUGCGAGAUAAUGGAUGUAUUCCAGCACCAUGUUCAUGAAACACAGUCCUCUCAAGACGACGUUCAACUUUUAAAGGCAGCUCUAGAGCACUUCGACAGCACCGAACCACAACACGAUGGGAAGAUGGCCUCUGACGCAAUGGCCAUCAUGUACAAAGUUGCCCAGGAAGCCGUUGAACAGCCGCACGGGCUUUUGCAACAAGAGUAA